ACCGAGCUGCACACUCCAAGGAGGCUGCUCCCCCACGAGCCACUUGCCCAUGGAGCUCUUUGAGACCAACGCUUAUUUCUUUCCAGACCAGAGAUUUUACGAUGGUGAAAACUACUUGAGCUCCCGCUUGCAGGGCUACGAACAGGCAGUGUACCAAGAACGGCCUGGCAUGGGGCUAUGCCCGGAGAGCAGGGCAGGGCUGGAGGAGAAGGGCUCUCCCACAACAGAGCACUGUCCUGGCCAGUGCCUGCCGUGGGCAUGCAAGAUCUGCAAGAGGAAAACGGUUUCCAUUGACAGGCGCCGUGCUGCCACCCUACGGGAGAAGCGGAGGUUAAAAAAAGUGAAUGAGGCCUUUGAAGCCCUGAAACGGAGCACUUUACUGAACCCCAACCAGCGGCUGCCCAAGGUGGAGAUCCUGCGCAGUGCCAUACAGUACAUUGAGCGCCUGCAGAGCCUGCUGAGCACCCUGAACCAGCAGGAGCGGGAGCAGAGAGACCUACGCUACCGCAGCACCACCUCCCAGCCAGGGGUGGCCAGUGAGUGUGGGUCCAACAGCGCCUCCUGCAGCCCGGAGUGGAGCACCCAGCUGGAGUUCAGCAGUAACCCUGGGGAUCAUUUGUUAAACGAUGACUCCUCUGAAGAUCGCAACCUUCAUUCCCUGUCUUCAAUCGUUGAAAGCAUUGCUGUGGAGGAUGUGGCUGUCACGUUCCAAGAGGAGAGGGUUCAAAACUGAGCCUGGAAGCCUCGGGCUCUUCAGUGUUUACCAGCUGGCAUGAAAGUGGAAAUGUGACAAAAGAACUCUUCAGACAUUGGGAAAUGCAUUUACCUAUUCAGUCAUCGACUGAAGUCACUGAUCCAAUUUCCUAAUCAUUGAAAAAUGUUCCACUGGGUCAGCUAAGAGACAAAGGAUAAACCAGCUAGUUCAAAUGAACCCUGUAUAUUAAUAUACAAGCUAGUGGCAUGAUUUUCAGGGGUGCUGGGCCCCAAUGGCAGUGGUAGUUUCCCAGCCCUUCUGAAAACCAGACCAGAAUUUACUGAUCAAAGCAUUUUGUUAUGAUUUAUUGUGAACAAUACUUAAGGGGGGGAGGGAGAAGCGACACAACUUCCGUGUAAUAAGGAAGGAUUCCAGCGUGGGGUUUGUGUUUCGUUCCCUUUUUUGUGGAAGUUUGUUUCCUUGGGGGCCAAUGUUUGUGUGUGUUUUUUUUAAGAUGCUGUUUGACCAACUUCCUUUGCCGGUUGGCGUUUUGCAGGCGUGGAAGCCAUGUAAAUGCUGCCAUUGAGGUCUUUUCUACUGAGCGCUGUGUGGAGUUGCCUUUUUUAUUUUUGUUAACUUAUUUGGAUUUUUUUUAA